UCUCCAGUGGGCCCCGGGCCAGAAACAGGCUCCUGCGCCAUGGCGGCUGCUCUGCAAAUGGUGCACUUUGAAGAGAAACUGCAGAAAGCCAUGCAAGACGUGAAGCUGAUCUUGGACUCUGAGAAAUGCAUGUCGCGCAUGUCGCUGCCCCAAGAGACUCAUCAUACGUAUGAAGACAAGUUUGGCCUGGUGGAGCGCUGCAGUGCGAUGACCUUAGCCUCGCAUUGGAAUUGCUUCGAGCUUUUGGGGCUGACGAAGGAGGCCCUCUUGGAAGCCAAAGACUGGGCAGAUGGAAAUGCCGAGGUCUCCUUGUGCUUUCGCGCGGACGAGCGCUGCGAGUUUCUGCGGGAGGAAACGCGUGAAGUGGAGGAGCCCUCGUGUGGCGCUCUGGACAUUUCCAGCGUGGGGGUGGCAUUGGGACUCAUGAGCAAAACCGUGACCCGAGUUACAGAGUACCUUUGGCACUUUGAGGUGACCUACACCCUAGACCUUCUCCGUGGAGUCGGCGCCGAGCGCCGCCGUCUGACGAGCGCCACGACGUCGGCGCAGCUGACGACCACGGCGAAGUUGGCGCCAAGGCGCAUGCAGGUGCCGGCCAUCAGUAAAGAAAUCAACAUGACGUUCUUCUUCAAGCAUUUGGAGCCUUCCAGCGACGGUCAACCAGGUUACUGUCCGCGCUUCCAAAUUCCACGGGACUCCAAGACCAAGACACCGCGGCGCAAUCAGCAGGUGGAAGAGAUGUGGCACUAUCUGCAGAAUCUCAAAGCCUUUGCUGGCUCAGUAGAACGAUAUCUCUCCCAGCUAGCGGAUGGCACCAGACAAAACUGCAGCGCAGAGGCGGUCUUCGUUCCAAUGUUGCCUCUCUUGCAGGCCGAGGGCCAUCCAGAGGAAGGGGCCGAACAAGUAGAAAGCAGGAUCUGUGUUCGACUGGACGCUGAUGGACCCGGUGGCGUCAUAUCGUCGGACUGCAACCGAUUGCUGGCAGAGGAGAUGCGCAGUCUGGCGGUGAAAAGGCAAGAACUCUCCGAAGAAUUCGCUGAGAGCCAUGGCGUUUUCCGCUUGCAAGAAGCAACUCUGGUGCUGGCUCUCAAGCAUUGCCUGGAUGUGGUGGAGCGAUGGUGUGAUAGUGUGGAUUUCGUGGAAUCCUUGCUGCGUCGCCAGCUGAGCGCCUGCAUUGGCCGCAGUUUGACUGCAGCGGAUGUGGCCAAUUGCAUGCGCUUCCAUCACAGGAAGCUCUUCGCUGCUCCCUACCAGCCGCGGCCCUUCAGUUUCUCCGUGCGCUCGGCAACAGAUCGCUGCGCCGAAGGGGUCGUGAGCAUCGAUGAAGAUGGAGGAGCUCCAGUGUGGACUAUGUGCGCUAGGAGAUCUGAGCAGACCAUGAAGUUUGCCUUGAACGCAUCGACCAGUGUCUCCUUCACGGGUGAAUUGCAUCUGCAUGCGUGGUUGGCCGAGCGCUUUGAGGGAGCAACCAGCAACCUGUCCCUGGUCUCCCGGGCCCGACAGUUCAGUUGCUUCAUGGUGCUGCUCUGCAAAGUGAUCUCUGGCGACGAGUUGGAGGUGUCCCAUGCCGUGCUGCUGCAGAACAAGGACGAAGUGCAGAUUCCCCUGGAGUUAGCGACGAUCCCCACCCCCAAAGAGUUCAGAGAUGCCAUCGAGUCGCUCUCCCCCGAACAGCAGCAGUUUGCCAAGGCUUUUCGAGCCAUGCAGCUGGAGAGCACACUCUGCGGCAUCUUGGUGGUGCAGUUGAAACCGCAACUGGAGCGUCUCUUGAGGCUGCCUGUGGAGGCCUUGACCAAGGAGAUAAAACUGACCCAAGAUCUCCUGCAGCUCUUCAUCAAGUAUCAGAUACCCAGUGAUCUGUUGGCCUUCAGCCCCACGGCGGAACCUGUGGGCGCCGUGGAGGCAGUCAGGGCCAAGGCGGAGGAGAUGUGGCGGAUGAUAGACGCAGAGAAGCAGAAGGAGAUCGAGGACAAGCGUCAGGCGGCGAGAUUUGCCGCAGGGAUGCUACGGCCGAUGGGAUGGAAUGACCAAGAGGACCUGGAGAAGGCGCGCCAGAAAGUGUCAAGCUUGAAGUGUAUCAGCUCGGACAUUGCGGAGGUCAAAGAUACGAUGAACCGCAAUCUGGAUGCCAUGCUCACGCGCGGUGAGUCACUGGAGGCAAUGAUGCAGAAGUCCAAGGAUUUGUCCACCAGUUCGGUGCAGUUCUACAAGUCGGCGAAGCGCAGCAAUGCCAUUGGACUGUUCGCUUCGAGGAGGGGAGCGCCUUCACAGCCAGCGGCGCAGACAAUGACAAAGAAGGACCGUGUGGACCGUGCGAGCCAUUCCAGUCGCAGCAGCAGCACCAUCAGCCCCUCACCCGCCAUGGCGCUGGCAGAGCCAGCACCGGCGCCGCCCUUCGCGCCACCGGCGCGGCCGGCGGGACCGCAGGGAGUGGCCACGGGGGACUGGGACGUAACGCAGGUGCCCAAGCAGCUGGAUGAAGCGCUGGAAAAGGUGGAUGCUGUGAGACCUACGAUCAUCACGGCCGGGGAAGUCUGGACCAAACGAUCGCAGCCCGAAUUCUUAGCAGCUCAGAAGACGGAGAAACUGCAGAAAGACCAGAUCAAGCAGGAAAAGGACUCGGCCUUCGAACUCCUCGACGCUCUCACGAAGUCGGGCGCUCUAGCCCUCAGCCACGCCACGCUGCAUGUGGUGCUGUGCGCCAGCCAGUGCUUCGUCUUGCCGGCCUCGCCUCAUCCGAAGCUCUGGAAGGAGGGGAUCCGGCGGCCGCUGCGCCGUGAUGCUCAAAGUUUUUGGGGUCAGUGGAAUGAUGGGCUCCACUUCCAGUUUUAGGUAGUUAUACCCUCUGGUAAUUUAACAUGGC